UGGUGUUUUGGAGGUUUUUAUGGACACAGGAUGCCUGGUGAGUUCUAGAGAUGGACUUGGGCAGGAGGAACCCCCAAGCCAACGCGCUCAGCCCUUGUUUUCCCCCCAUCAGGAUUUGUCCUUCCCAAAGCUUGGGCGGAUGGAGGAGGAGGCUGCGAGGAAGAGGAAGAUGCCUUGGUCCCCCCAGGCAGGCCCCGAGCUGAGGACGGAGAGCCCGGAGGACAAAUCCCCCUGUGAGACCCUGGUGGGAGAGGCCGUUUUGAAGGGCUCCCCGGCGCAGGAAGGCAGUGGGGAGGAAAAGGGCCGGAGAUCCCCCCGCAGGAGGGGCUCCAAAGCCAUCCCAGGGUGCUCUGAGGAGGAAAGAGCCAGCCUGUGCCGGGAAGGUGGCCGGAGCUUGAGGGGAAGCUCUGAGCUAGUGGUCCCUGAGCAGCCUCCCAGCAGGAAGAAGCCCUUCAGGUGCUUGGAAUGUGGGAAGAGCUUCAGGAAGAGCUCCAGCCUCCUCAGCCACCAGCACAUCCACACUGGGGAAUGGCCCUACACAUGUGGGGAAUGUGGGAAGAGCUUCAGGAGCAACUCCAACCUGAUCCAACACCAGCACAUCCACACUGGGGAACGGCCUUACAAAUGUGGGGAAUGUGAGAAGAGCUUCAGGGACAGCUUCAGCCUCAUCCAACACCUGCACAUCCACACUGGGGAACGGCCCUAUUUGUGUGCAGAAUGUGGGAAGAGCUUCAGGGACAGCUCCAAUCUCCACAACCACCAGCGCAUCCACACUGGGGAACGGCCCUACAUGUGUGGGCAAUGUGGGAAGAGCUUCAGCAAGAGCUCCAGCCUCCACAUCCACCUGCUCAUCCACACUGGGGAACGGCCCUAUAUGUGCUUUGAAUGUGGAAAGAGGUUUCCAACCAACGCGAAUCUCCUGCAGCACGAGCGGACGCACACGGAUGAGAGGCCCUUCCACUGCACCGACUGUGGGAAGGGCUUCAACCGAAAGUCCACCCUCGUCACCCACCGGCACAUCCACACCGGGGAGAGGCCCUACAAGUGUGGGGAGUGUGGGAAGAGCUUCACCCAGAGCUGUCACUUGACCAGACACCAGCGGACCCACCAGUAAGGUAAGCCCUACCAGUGCCCCGACUGCGGGAAGAGCUUUGGCAGCUGCUUCCACCCCAAAUGAAGCCCUUGAUGGUGAGACAACCCCUGGAGUCCAGUGACUGUCACUCCAUCCCUUUCCACCACAAAGGGCCAGUCCCCUUUAACAGGGGCAGCUUCUUCCAACAGAACCCUUCUUGGGGGGUGUGUGGAGAUUCCUGCCUUGGCUGGGGACCCCCCAAGGUCACUGCUGGAGGUUGAGAGCAGAGAUCUCCCCCUGAGCGUUGUUCUGGGGGAGUUCCA